AUGGGGAUCUCACGCGACUCCCGGCACAAGCACUACAAGACCGGAGGCCGCAGCAAUGUCUCCAUCAAGAAGCGCAAGUAUGAGAUGGGCCGGCCAGCGACGCCCUGCAAGCUGGGCAACAAGCGCGUGCGCGUGGUGCGCUGCCGCGGUGGCAACAAGAAGUACCGCGCCCUGAGGCUAGACACAGGAAACUAUGCGUGGGGCUCCGAGAAUGUGACGAAGAAGGUUAGGAUCUUGGAUGUGGUCUACAAUGCGACCAGCAACGAGUUGGUGCGAACGAAGACUCUUCUGAAAAACACCGUCGUGCAGAUCGAUGCUCACCCGUUCAUGCAGUGGUACCAGAAGAAGUAUGGCAUGGACCUCGGCAAGAAGAAGAAGGGUGGCGAGAAGAAGGAGGAGAAGAAGGAGGAGGCAGAGGAACACAAAAGCCGACAUGUUAUUGCGAAGCAGAAGGCCCGUGCUGCCAACCAGAAGCUUGACCUCAACCUGGAGGAGCAGUUCCAGAGUGGACGCCUUCUGGCCUGCAUCGCCUCCCGUCCAGGCCAGUGCGGCCGCGCGGACGGUUACGUGCUCGAGGGCGAGGAGCUGAGCUUCUACAGGCGCAAGCUCGAGAAGAAGAAGAAGAACUGA